UAAUCACAUGUGCAAUCAGAAUCACAUGAAGGGCGAAUGACCAAAACAGGAAGUUCCACAACAUGUUUUCUGCCACUAAAGUGAUGUUUUCCACAUCACGAGUUCUGUCAAAGAAUAUAGUUCAUGGGUCAUCUUUUCUCAUUGUACGUACAGAGCAGAUAUGUGUGCUGAAACGAUUGACAAGUGCAUACGGUCAAUGGGCGAGGGAGUCCCCUACAAUUCGCUGUACCUUUUGGUCUGGACAAACGGCGCCUGGGCUAUUGUGUGGAAGUCGCCUGGACAAUUCACAGACCUUCUCCACGACAGCAAGCAUUAGCGCUGAUGCCAUCGGUAGCAUACAAUCGAAGCAUUAUCAACUGGUAUACACGUGUAAGGUGUGCUCCACCAGAUCGACGAAGAAGAUCUCCAAGCUGGCCUAUCAUAACGGUGUUGUCAUAGUGAAGUGCCCCGGAUGCGAGAACCAUCACAUCAUUGCUGAUAAUCUGGGCUGGUUUUCCGACCUAGAGGGGAAAAGAAAUAUUGAAGAGAUCCUUGCAGCCAAAGGUGAGCAAGUGCGAAGGAUCGAAGGAGACGCUGCACUGGAGAUUCUGGCAGAGGAGCCUGGCAAAAAAGCACAGCAGGAGACACAUGAACAGGACACUGCAGCUUUGCCAAGCAACUCUGAGAAAACAUGACCAAUAUGUAUUGUUUAUUAAUGUUUUGUUAUGUUUUUGUCAUUGAGAAUAAAUUAUAAUUUCUAUGAAA